CAAGGUCCUGCGCGCCCGGCCCGCGCGCCGCCAUGGCUCCCAGGGCUCCGAAGGGAUGCACCGCGCCCGUUACCAGGGACUUUUUGUGGGGUCUGCUCCUUCUGUGUUUGCUCCUGAGGACGUCCGAGUUAAAAGCAGCAAAUGCCCUUCAACCCAAUAUUCUACUGAUAAUGGCAGACGAUCUUGGCAUAGGGGAUCUUGGAUGCUAUGGGAACCAUACGCUCAGGACACCCAAUAUCGACCAGCUUGCAGAGGAAGGCGUGAGGCUCACCCAGCACCUGGCGGCCGCCCCCCUCUGUACUCCCAGCAGAUCUUCCUUCCUCACGGGGAGGCACGCCUUCAGAUCAGGCAUGGAAGCCGAUGAUGGGUACCGUGCCCUCCAGUGGAACGCGGGAUCGGGCGGACUCCCCGCAAACGAAACCACAUUUGCAAGAAUCCUACAGCAGCAAGGUUAUGCAACCGGCCUUAUAGGAAAAUGGCACCAGGGUGUCAACUGUGAAUCCCGCAACGACCACUGCCACCAUCCACUGAACCACGGAUUUGACUAUUUUUACGGCAUGCCUUUCACGCUUGUGAAUGACUGUCAGCCAGGCAGGCCCCCAGAAGUGGACGCCACGACUAGAUCCAGACUGUGGCACUACACCCAGAUGGCGGCUCUAGGGGUCCUGACCGUUGUGGUUGGCAAGACUUGUGGGUUCAUCUCCGUGUCCUGGAAGGUAGUCCUGGGGGCAGCCAGCCUCGUCUUCCUCUGCUUCGUCUCCUGGUAUGCCAGCUUUGGGUCUGUGCGUCGUUGGAACUGCAUCCUGAUGAGAAACCAUGACGUCAUAGAGCAGCCCAUGGUUUUGGAAAGAACGGCGGGUCACAUGCUGCGCGAGGCUGUUUCCUAUAUUGAAAGGAAUAAACAGAGGCCAUUCCUCCUGUUUGUGUCUUUGCUGCAUGUUCACAUUCCCCUGGUGACCACAAAACGGUUUCUCGGGAAAAGCCAGCAUGGCUUAUAUGGUGACAAUGUGGAGGAGAUGGACUGGCUUGUAGGUGAGAUCCUUAAAGCACUCGAAGUCCACGGUUUGAAAAACACGACAUUCACGUAUUUCACCUCUGAUCACGGAGGACAUUUGGAGGCAAGAGACGGACACGGCCAGCUGGGGGGAUGGAAUGGGAUAUUCCGAGGUGGCAAAGGGAUGGGGGGCUGGGAAGGCGGCAUCCGCGUGCCGGGGAUCUUCCGCUGGCCUGGGGAGCUGCUAGCCGGCCGAGUGAUCCAUGAGCCAACCAGCCUGAUGGAUGUUUUCCCCACCGUGGUCCAGCUGGGGGGCGGCCAUGUGCCCCAGGACAGGGUGAUCGAUGGCCGUAGCCUGGUGCCCUUGCUUCAGGGGACUGCUGAGCACUCAGCACACGAGUUCCUCUUUCAUUACUGUGGGAAGUACCUCCACGCAGCACGCUGGCAUGAGAAGGACAGUGGAAGACUCUGGAAGGUCCACUACAUGACGCCACGGUUCCACCCCAAGGGGACGGGGGCCUGCUACGGCCAAGGUGUGUGCCCCUGCUCUGGGGACGGCGUGACUCAGCACAGCCCACCUCUGCUCUUUGACCUCUCCAGGGACCCUUCCGAGGCACAGCCCCUGGCCCCCAGCUCCGAACCCCGGUACCACGCGGUGGUCUCACGGGUGGGCGAGGCAGUGGACCAGCACAGGAGAACCCUGAGUCCUGUGCCUCCCCAGUUUUCCCUGAGCAACAUCAUCUGGAAGCCGUGGCUGCAGCCGUGCUGUGGAACCUUCCCCCUGUGUGCGUGCGGGCAGGACGGAGAUCCCCAGUGAGAUGUGACCUCACACUGGGCAGGAUGCCCGUCGUCAGGCAGGUGGGGUGUAACACGUUGACAAGGAUGCGGAGAAAGGGGAACCCUCUUGCACUGUCGUAGCACUCUGGAAAACCGUAGGCAGGCUCCUCAAAACAUGAAAAACAGACCUACCCUAGGACCUAGGGAUUCCACUCCUGGGUGUUUCCCCACAGCAAAUGAACACAGGAUCUCAAAGAUACCUCUACCCCAUGUUCAUGGCAGCAUUCGUCUC